GCUGCGCCCAUGUUCUCGUGUCAACAGUUCAAUGUCUUGUCAGAAAUAGCUAUCAACAGUCGAGUGUCAGAAAGAACACUAGCAUACGCUCCUUAUUUACUAAAAUUUAAAUUCUUAUGCAAGACUAGGCCUAGUGCAACAUUAUAAGUAAUUUUUGACAUGGAAAUAAAAAAUAUUUAUGGAAAUACGCUGUCAUUUUACGCGGUUGAACACGAUAAUGGUCUGUGCCGAGAAUUUAUAUUGGAGAAUUCUGUUUUUAGUUUUAUUAGAUGGCUGCUGUUUGCAAUCGCACUGUCUAUGUUAGGACUUUACUUGGAGCUACACGAGCAGAAUACUGAACGGCUAUUUGGUGCAUUGGUGCUGUUGGUAAUUCUUCUGAUAAUAAAACUGCAUUUAAAAGUUACCAAAGAAUCGCUUCUGGUGAUAGCAUCUCUUGGGAUACAGUUGACCACAACAUUUGCUUCAGGAAGAACAACAACCCAAUUUGUUGAGGCCACACAUGUACAUGAUGUUAUCAUUAAUGAAGCUGUCACCAUGCACAGGAUAAUCUUCUACUUGGCCAUAUUACAAAACGGCAUCAAUUAUCAAAACAAAACUGAGAGGUUAAUGCCCUUAUUUCAGAACUUUUAUCCUCGGCUGGAUUGUUUACGGAAAAUCUAUGAAGGUGUGCAGAAGGUGUUAUUUCACAAAUCUAAGGACACCCUUGUUGAUAUAAAGUUUACCUGAUAAUAACUGAUCUCAAAUGUUGAUAACGUUACAUAAUAUCAGGGGUAAAUAAAAGUUGUCAUUAUCUACCCCUGAUUAUAUCAAUGUGGUUUUCCAAUGUGUAUGCAUAAAUAAUCUAGCAUAAUAAUCUAUAUAUGUACAUAUUGUAAAUGUGUUUCACUUAAAGCAUUGACAUGAAA